UGUUCUCCUUCAGGAGCCGCGGCCACUGUUGCUGUGGGACACAUAUCUCUGGAGUGGUCCAUGUGGGGGGAACUGGUCCUGGGGGGUUUCACACUUCUGAUUGCCCCGGUUAUAUUCCUUAUGGGUCAGAGUAACAACAUCUGGAUCAGCCACACAUGCUUCACCCUCUUCAAAACAUUGUACUUGCUCCUCACGGCCAUCUGCACUUUUCAGAUUUUGAGCAGGAGGUGCUAUGCAUUGGUAUUCGGGGUGAACAAAUUUGUUGCCACAGUCCUCCAGAGUGUCCUCACUGCCACUGUUAUCAACACCAAGCCUCUGAAGCUCACCAUCACCUCACAGUUUCUCAUCUACGCCUCAUACUUUGCCGCCAUCUCCCUGCUGUUCACGGUAAGAGGUGUGUGUACUGUGCUCCGCAUGAAGAGUCCCUGUGGAGGCAACCAGGCAGAGACAGCCAGCGACAGGCCGGAGGGGUCGCGUCCUUGAGGACUCUCUGAGACACUGAAGAGCAUGAGGACAUUUAUCAUUUCUGUCAUCGGAUCAAAUCAGCAGAAAAAAGGUGACAAGCUUAGAGCCAACAACAGAUCACUGUCUUCUUAAUGAGUUGGUUCAGUCUGGCGUCUGUCGCUUUGAUUCCCGCACCCCAGGACGCCACAGAGAGGAAGAUGGUGCUUGCAACAACAGACUGAUAGAACAUCUGGAGCAACCGGUUGCAGACAUUAAAGGACCUGAGCCUCCACAGGAAGUAAAGCCGGCUCAGGCCCUUCUUCUUGUAGACUGCCUCCGUGUUCGUAGUCCACUCCAGUUUAUUGUCCAGCACCACACCCAGGUAUUCGUAUGAUACAACAACGUCUGUCCCACCAAUGCGGA